GGCUGCAGACUCCCCUGUCUCCUUCACUGGAUUGUUCUUCUUCGUUGGUGUGUUGGGGGACUGAACCAUGGAGUUGUCGGAUAUCUCUUUCCCCAUCCCCGCGGCUGAUGAUUUCUAUGACGACCCGUGCUUCAACACCAGCGACAUGCACUUCUUCGAGGACCUGGACCCGCGGCUGGUCCAUGUGGGUCUGCUGAAGCCGGACGACUCCUCCUCCUCCACCUCAUCCUCCCCUUCCUCCUCCUCUUCCUCCUCCCCGUCCUCCCUCCUGCACCUCCACCACCACGCCGAGGUGGAGGACGACGAACACGUCCGCGCGCCCAGCGGGCACCACCAGGCGGGCCGCUGCCUGCUGUGGGCCUGCAAGGCCUGCAAGCGGAAGACCACCAACGCGGACCGGAGGAAGGCGGCCACGCUGAGGGAGCGCCGGCGGCUCAGCAAGGUCAACGACGCCUUCGAGACCCUGAAGCGCUGCACGACCGCCAACCCCAACCAGCGGCUGCCCAAGGUGGAGAUCCUGCGCAACGCCAUCAGCUACAUCGAGUCCCUGCAGGCGCUGCUGCGCGGCGGGCAGGACGACGGCUUCUACCCGGUGCUGGAGCACUACAGCGGGGACUCGGACGCCUCCAGCCCCCGCUCCAACUGCUCCGACGGCAUGACGGAUUUCAACGGGCCGACCUGUCAGUCCACCAGGAGAGGAAGUUAUGAAAGCAGCUCUUAUUUCUCCCAGACACCAAAAGGUGGUCUGAAGAGUGACCGGAGCUCGGUGGUCUCCAGUCUGGACUGUCUCUCCAGCAUCGUGGAGCGGAUCUCCACCGACAACAGCAGCCUGCUGCCGCCCGCCGACGGCUCCGGGUCCCCGCCGACGGACCCGGCCGGCGAGACAGCGGCCCCCGGACCCGUCCACCAUGUCCCCUCUCCGACCGCCAGCCAGGACCCCAACCUGAUCUACCAAGUCCUAUAG